AUGUCGUCCCCAAUUCCAGAGUCGCCUUACGAGCAGCACAUAGGGACAAACUACACCCCCACAGACGACCAGGUGAAAGAACUUCGACAGUACGCGACCCAAUAUGACGCCCAAGUCGCCCAAGUCGACGAAGAGCUCGCUGCGCUACAACGAAAGCGGGACCGCCUCAAAGCGCUCGCUGACGGCCACAAAGCAUUGUCGUCGAUAACGCGCCGUUUGCCGGUGGACGUUAUGCAUAGCAUCUUCGAGCGAUGUACACCCCGGCCAAGACACUAUGCGAUCAUGUCCUCUUCCCAUGCGCCGCUACUUUUGACCAGAGUCUGUCGGAGCUGGCGAGAGAUCGCACUUAACCAUGCGCCGCUUUGGUCUUCGCUGCAUAUUCCGAUACCGAGCCAUCCCGACGUCCAACACUACGUUCCUGGCGCGCAGGAUGACUUUGAUCCCGACACGAUGCUGACGCGGAGGGAGAACCGGUUGACGGAGGAACAACGGGAGGUGUUCGCGAUGGAGGUGGAGAGGUGGAAGGCCCGAGUGGAGAAAAGGAAGGAGAUGGUCGCCACAUGGCUGUCACGAGCCAAGGGGACAAACCUUUUCCUCAGCAUUGCCGCUGGGCAUAACGGUGACGAGCAUUCGGAGCGGUUCUUCAAAGAGAUUGUGGGUGUCCUGCGGCCGUACAUGCCUCAAGUGGAGAAGCUCAAGGUCUUCGGUCCUGAUAUGCUUGCUAUUCAUCUGCUUUCCAUCCCUGCUGGCGAGACGCCGCGGAUUCGCACCAUCACCAUUGAUCUUAUAUCGUCGACAGGUAUCCGAGACUGGAUGACGGCGAGCCAGGAAGCGCCCAAGGUUGUUUUCCCUCCCGGAAGCAUGGUCACCGCUCCCAGUUUGAAGAUUCUCUCGAUCGAAGGCUCGCCCCAGAAGUUGCAAGAGAUACCGGUGACGAAGGCGAACUUGACGGAACUGUACCUCUGCGGCCGUUCGGGAGCGACCAGUUGCGCCAGCCCGAUGUACUUCACCCCAACUUCAGCCCUCAAUCUUCUUGAACAAUGUCCCAAUCUCGGCAAGUGCGCGUUGACGUUGGGGAUGGACCCCUUCGUUCACGAGUUCCAUCACUUGGCGGUGAUGAAUGGGAUUAUCAGUCAAGACCCGCAAGAAGAAAGGACGACCCCGGUCUCGCUGCCUCACCUGCACACCCUCUUGAUUGAGCAGGAAGGAAACCAGUCGAUACAGCUGUUCAUUGACCUCAUCGACCUCCCAGCCUUGCGGAAUCUGGGAAUGACGCGCAGCGUGACUCCUUGUCCCGCGUCUCCGGCCCCCCUCAUUCAGUUCAUGCGUAAAUGGGGUCACAACCUGAAGGCCCUCUUUUUCGAUUACCGUGAACUCACGACAGAUGAGCUCAAAACGUGUCUCGAGUUUGCAAGAAAUGUCGAAGAGCUGAACACGUCUUUCAGUCGUACGCUUGGUCGGCGCCGCUAUCGACAUUCCCCUUGGGACGAUGAUCUUUUCAACCCGACACAACCAUCCCAGAACAAUCGACCUGCUCCUGCUUUAUUCAACAACCCGGUUCUGGCUUUGCUGACACCCCGUUUGGGCGAGGGAUCGCCUUUGGACGUUCUCUGUCCCAAACUUACCUACUUUAGAGUCCAACUCGCCACCGCCGAGUUCAGCGAAGAGGCGCUCCUCCAGUUUAUCCGUGGGCGACGACAUCGACAGGCACUCCAAAGCGGACUUGCGAAAUUGACAAAGGUCAAGGUUGGGUUUGCUAUUGAUGGGCCCAAAGGUGGGGUCAAGCGGCAGCAGGCUCACCAGUGCAGCCACCAUCGGCGGUCGAAUCUUCCCGGAGGAACUGAGGACCACUGGCCCUUGUUCCGGACGAUAAUGGAUGAUCCUGAUGUCGAUUUGAGGGAGCUCAAGGUUGAGGUGGGUUGGAGGCAGUCGCCGUGGAAGCUUGACGGCCAUCAUUUGCAUGGGUUGCAGGCGCAUGGAUCGACUGCGGAUGCGUUGUGGGAUCCGGCGUAUGGACUUCGGGCUGUUGUUGAUCGUGUGUUUUUUUAA